AUGAUUACUGCCCAGUAUGCAACUUUACAUACCAAAGAUUUGUUCCUACAAGUUCAAAGCAUUAUUAGGGAAUUUAGACCAAAAAGCUGGGUGAUAAGGGAUGACCAGGGCGAACUUCUAACCGAGAUUGACCAGCGACAACCCAACGAGCAGGCAGUUUUGUCAAAGGUCGGAGGACGCGGGAACCAAUUAGGAGCACCCUUCUUGGCUACUUUAGCUAUAUUUCCAGGGGAGAACCGAAUAGUCUAA